AUGCCUGCCAUUCCACGAUUGGGGUUCCAGGUCAUUCAUUAUCACAGAUCUUCCUUGGAUCCAGAUUCGCCGCUCAUCGUACAUUCUAUCGGCAUUUAUCACACCUUCGCCCUCGCCCAAGCGGUAGCCUUGUCCGAAUUACAGCGUACAUUAAACGAUUGCCUCCGCAUAGGAUAUCACGGCCGCUAUUGUGACCUGAUCGAUUGCAGUUAUCGGGGGUUGAUCACGGUGUGCAAGGAGAGUACGCUGGAUGGUUAUAUGUUCAUGCGCGAAAUUCCGGUGAGCGAGUUUCGCUUGGAGAAGCUCAACAUGUCGCACGACGCAUCACAGGCAGGAACACGUCUUGCAAAGGAGACCAAAACCAACACGCAAGUAAUCGAUACUGCAUGGCCACUCGUUAGGCUGCCCGCCACACCAGAGCAGCACAAAGAACCAACAACUCCGAAACGCAUAGCGAGGCGGGGAGAGCACGUUGUGAUGCACGAGCCCGCUCCGUCAUCUCCGCAAUUACCUCCACUAGGUGUCCAAUUCGACAAGGAACGUCAGCCAGAGUGGUCACAGACUCGCGUGCCAUGGUUCGACCGACGGGACGAUGCACCGUUCCGUAGACCGGGCCAGACGCCAUAUGCGCAAGUCAUGGCCUUCUCGACAGCUGCGCCUACUUCGUCUACAUGUUCUGUUCGGUUAGGAUCUGGGCACCGCAGCGAGUACACAACAGCAGCUUCCCGAGAGCCGAGCAACAUAUAG